AUGGCAUUGUCUAAAAGCCAAGACCACUGGUCCAGAAAAGACAUCCUGAAGUUGCUGGAAUGCAUAGAGAAUAAUCUCCCGUCCAAUGACACUUGCACGUUCAACACAUCUCAUCCACAGCAAGACUGGGGAAGAGUAGCAUUUAAAAAUUUUUCUGGAGGAAUGUGCAGACUCAAAUGGUUAGAGAUUUCUUGUAACUUGAAGAAAUCCAGCCCUUUAAAAGAAGUAGUCCAGGAAGCUAAGAAAUGCAUUACAAAGUCAAACAAAAACCAAAAAGGGAAGAAACAUCCAGAUUUCCCAAAGAAGCCCCUGACUGCAUACAUCCGUUUCUUCAAGGAGAAGCGGCCCCAGUACUCCCACAUGUACCCUGGGCUGAGAAACCAGGAGAUGACCAAGAUCCUGUCUAAGAAGUACAAGGAGCUCCCAGAGGAGAUGAAGCAGAAAUAACUUCAGGAUUUUCAGAACGAAAAACAGGAGUUUGAGGAAAAGCUGACUCGCUUCAGGGAAGAACAUCCUGAUCUAGUUGAAAACACCAGGAAACCUGAUGUCUCCAAGAGGGUCCGAUCCAAAGCCCAAAAGAAGUUCCAGGAAAACAUGAAAGCAGAGAGGUCUUUUCCAAAAACGGAUCAAUGUUCCAAGAUAGUGAAAUUCUAUGGAGAGCCCAAGAAGCCCCCCAUGAAUGGAUACCACAAGUUUCACCGAGACUUGUGGUCCAGUAUGGAGUUCCAGCAUUUGCCCCCGAGGGAGCGCAGGGUAGAGAUUGGCAGACUCUGGCAGUGCGUCCCACAGAGCCAGAGGGAAUGUUAUAAAAGCCAGGCUGAAGAGCUGCAGGAACAGUACAAGGCAGAGUUGGAUCUCUGGCUCAAGACCUUGUCGUCUGAGAACUACGCUGCAUACAAAGAAACGGCCUAUGCCAAAGGUAAGAACAGGCGUAUGACGGUAGGCCAGAACCUCGAGAUAAGAGGUGCAGAUCUGCUGUCCUCAGCAGCAGGAAGUCUGCAAGAAGACCCUGAAGAGGAGCAGGGGCUCCAGACUCCAGGGACAGAUUGAUCAGAGGCCAUUUACAUCAGCUGUUAUCCCUCACAUGGUUUAAAAAAUCCGAAGAGGGAAGACAAGGAGGAUGCAGGCAGUAGCUGCUCAGACUCCAGCAGGGGGGGAUGGCGAAGAUGGCAAGUCUGGGGGCAGGGGCUCCAGCUGGGCCUCCUCAGGGGACUCCUGACUCAGAUUCCACCCCAGCUUUGUUCACAUCCUAAAGGGUCAGACAGAGAAUGUCCCAGCCAAAGUCCAUCUAUAGCACCCUUGUCAGCGGGAGGGGACUCUCUUUCUGCCCUUUAUACUUCCUUGUUUUUUCUUUUUCCUUCCUUCUUCCCCCUCCUCCUCAGCACAAAGCACAACAGGCUGGGAAGAAGGAGAUUGGUAUAG